AUGUCGGUCACAAUUCCGCUCGAACCCCUCCACACGGCACAUGUGAAGACGGGUGACCGUUCCUCCUGUCACGCCGACGCGCCUAUUCAAGACCUCGAGUUCCCCUCACUCCAUCAUGAUCGAAAAACAGAUAUCGGGACAGAGACCGAACACAUAAAUGCUGUAUUAAACAUGAACAGCACGCGGAGCGAGCGGACACCAGGUGCCGAAAAGCAACCUUCACCCGGCUUGCAUUUCCUGGCCGAAGCGUGCGAGCACCCGCUUUUUCCACCUUUGCCUUGCUACGGUGCUCCAUCGGGGUUGGGCAGAGUCCGAGACUAUGUGUUCAUGGUGGCCUCGUUCAUUCUCUCGCUUUGCUUCUUGACAGUCAUAUUUGUCGGAGCGUUGUUUCGCACAGGCGCAAUCGCACUAUCAGAUGUUCGCUUACGACUUAGCGGAAAGAAUCCGGAUACACAUAGAGCAUUUUACACCGAAGAACAAGCACGACGCAAAGCACGGAAAGAGGCCGAUCGAAGAUGGCAUCUGCACAAACAGAAGAGGGAUACGGACGAGGAACAGGCCUCUGGACAAUAUUUGUCGCUAGAAGGCGGAAAGGAUCCUGUUGUCUGUGAUGUGGCGUAUUAUGCUCGACGUGUGGGUCUUGAUGUGGAGAAGUUCCGCGUUCAGACCGAGGACGGCUUCAUCAUCGAGUUGUGGCACGUGUAUGAUCCCCGAGAUUACCAAGCACUAUCGGCCGAGGAAAGGCGUGAGCGUGGGCCGAAAGUUUUCACCAAGCCCAAGAUAUCGCCUACCACUCGUCCGCAGUCUAACCGGCGCUAUCCCGUUCUUUUGGUCCACGGGUUACUCCAGAGCGCUGGUGCGUUCUGCACAAAUGAUGAAGAUAGUCUGGCAUUUCAUCUUUGCAAGUCCGGGUAUGAUGUUUGGCUGGGCAACAAUCGAUGUGGCUCGAACCCGGAGCACACGACACUUUCGACCGCUGAUCCGCGAAUGUGGUCCUGGGACAUUCGACAUCUAGGAACGCUGGACCUCACAGCCCUCACUUCUCGUGUUCUAUACGAGACUGGAUUCGAAAAGCUUGGCCUUGUCUGUCAUUCCCAGGGAACCACCCAAACAUUCGUCGCUUUGGCAAAAGAACAGCGCCCUGAGCUGGGUGAACGCAUAUCAGUUUUCUGUGCGCUCGCUCCAGCUGCAUACGCUGGCCCGCUCGUGCACAGACCGUACUUCCGCUUCAUGAAUAUUCUAUCCCCGGCCAUGUUCAGAUUCUUUUUCGGCAUUCACUCUUUUAUUCCCUUAAUGAUGACAGCGCGAAGUCUGCUGCCACCUAGGAUAUAUGGAACCAUGGCAUACUGGGUGUUUUCGUUCCUAUUCGACUGGUCAGAUACGCGCUGGGAGCGUGAUCUCCGUCACAGAAUGUUCCAGUUCGCACCGGUAUAUGUCAGCGCUGAGUCAAUGCGAUGGUGGCUUGGAAGCGAAAGCUUCGCCAAGCACAAAUGCAUUUUAUCCACAGAUGAGGAUCUACUCCUCGAGACAGACCUGAACAACACUAUGUGUGGUGAUCCUGUCUCUGAGCAUGGUGAUGAUCCUGGGGAUGCAUGCUUAGGAACUCCAAGGCCUAGCCCUUGGUUCGGUCCGCGAACACCCCCGUUCGCAUUCUGGAUCGGUGGCUCUGAUGCCCUCGUUGAUGGUCGCCGGCUUCUGAAUCGGUUCCUAAGCGGUCGCGAGCCUCAUGUCCGCCUCGUUCACUCCAAGGUUAUUGACGAGUAUGAGCAUCUUGAUGUCCUUUGGGCGAUGGAUGCUGUCGAGCAGGUCGGCAAUGAGGUCCGUCAAGUCAUCUGGACGACGAUGCCCGAGGAUGCUCGACAGGUUUGUCGAGCCCCUCGGGGAGUCAAUCUAAAUUUGGAAGAAAGAGGGUAG